AUGCCCGCAAGCUCGGUCAAGCGCUCGCUCGGGGUCGAGCUCACCCAAACCAUCAAAGCGUCGCGUGUCUUACUGGUCGGCGCCGGCGGCAUCGGCUGCGAACUCCUCAAAAACCUCGUCCUCACGGGCUUCGGCGAAAUUCACGUCCUCGACCUCGAUACGAUCGACCUCAGUAACCUUAAUCGCCAAUUCCUCUUCCGUCAUGAACACAUCAAGAAAUCCAAGGCCCUGGUUGCCAAGGAAGUUGCGCAAAAGUUCCAGCCCAAGGCAAAGCUGGAAGCCUACCAUGCGAACAUAAUGGAAAAGCAGUUCAAUGUGGAUUGGUUCCAGUCAUUUACCCUUGUAUUCAACGCUCUGGACAACCUCGCGGCAAGACGGCAUGUCAAUCGAAUGUGCCUUGCUGCAGGUGUUCCGUUGAUUGAAAGUGGUACUAUGGGCUUCAACGGUCAAGUCCAGGUCAUCGAGAAGAGACCCCGACUUCCUAUCCCAUUUGCACCAUCCACAGUCGGCCAACCCAGCCAAUUCAUUGUAUCGUAUGGGCUAAGAGUUAUCUAUUACCUUUACUCUCCGGAGGAGAAGAAGGAGAAGACAACAACAAUGAUUUGGAUCGCUCAAAAACGGCAGACAAUGGUCGAGAAGGAAAUGAGCGAUGUGGAACGAGAGACCAUGGAGAUCAAGGAAAUCCGUGACUCUAUGGGCUCUGAAGAGUACACAAACAAAGUUUUUGUCAAGGUGUUCAAAACAGACAUUGAACAUCUUCUCUCAACAGAGACGUGCAAAGAAAAGAAGCCUCAGGUACUUGAUUGGGAUAAACUCUCAGAGGAGUCUGCAUCCUUAGAUCCCAAGAUCGUGGAAAAGAUUGACCAGAAGGAGUGGACACUCCCUGAAGCUUUCCUUAUGUUCAAUGACAGUCUCAACCGCUUAAGUGAACGCCUCCAGGAGCUCCAGAAGAAUAAACCAGAAAAUGGUCCUAAACCGAUUCUGGAAUUUGACAAAGAUGACGAAGACACCUUGGUUUUCGUAACCGCGACAGGUAUUCUGCGGAGUGCCGUAUUUGAUAUCGAGCCCAAAUCCAAGUUCGAUACUAAACAGAUGGCCGGCAAUAUUAUUCCUGCCAUUGCGACUACAAACGCCAUGACCGCAGGCCUGUGUGUCCUCCAAGCAUUCAAAGUUCUUCAGGGUGAGCUUACCAACGCAAAGAUGGUAUUCCUUGAGCGAUCUGGAGCCCGCGCUAUUAACUCUGAUUCUCUGAAUCCCCCGAGAUCAGAUUGUGGUGUAUGCUCUACCGAAAUAGGCCAUAUCUUUGUUGACCCUAAGACCGCCACCCUCAACGAUAUCGUUGAAGGUGUGCUUCGAACACAGUUAGGAUAUGGUGAGGAGCUGUCAAUCCUGAAAGAUUCCGGCGUCAUCUAUGACCUUGACUUUGAUGACCAUCUUUCGAAGAAACUCUCAGAAUUGGGCAUCAACAAUGACUCUUCGAUCACUAUUGUUGACGAAGAUGACCAGGAUCAAGACCCUCGUGUCAAUUUGGAACUCCAUAUCAUUGAAAGAACGAACGCUGAUUCUGAGGAAUCAACGCCCGUCUCACUGAAGAAGAGUCUGGAGAUUCGAAGACAACCCAAGCCUGCGCAACCCUCAUCAAAGGAUGCCUCUGGCAUCCCCAACCCAGGAAAGCGCAAGCGUGAAGGCGACGACGACUUGGCAAAUGGGCAUGUCGCUAAGAAGGUUGCCGGAGAACCAACAUCCAAUGGCAAUGAUGAUGGUGUCAUCGUAUUAGACGAUGAAGGUGCUAUCUUGAUCGAAGACUAG